UUAUCUUUUCACGGGUGAUCUGAGGCUAAUGGAGAUCAUUAGUAAUGAAUAAUCUUAUUCAAAAUCCUUUCCUUAAAUAUCUUCCUCAAUCUGAAUCCAAUUCUUCAGUGGAGUUACACACACUCCCUGAUGUUUCCACUCUCAUCUGUAAACAUGGACAAAACGUAUCAGUUUCGACUGAAGCAAAUUUGGGAAUGUAUUUACUGAAAAGGAUUCGGGCGAGAUAGACUUUCAUUACGUAUUAGAGUUUCCUUGUACCUCCUGAGCAAUGAUAAGAAACAGAUAACAAAAAUAUCCUGUCAGUUAGAUCCGUUAGAUUUGAGGGGAGUGGAAAUUGUGUAAAUCUCAGAUUUACCAACUGAAGUUUAUUUCUUUAGUUCUGCAACGGAGCUAUGACGUUUCAUAUGUCAUACAGCGCAUGACGUUUCUGACAUAUGACGGUUUCUCAAAUGUUUUGUAUCCAGGGACACCCUGUAGCUGUAAAAUACAUUCCACAGACCCCCUCAAUAUAGAUUUAUUUCAAAUAAUUAUUGUUUUGGACAGCCAUAGAGCUUUCUAUUCCUGAACUUUCCACCGAUAGAAAACAUUAGGCCUGAGUUGACAUUGGUGCUUGGACCCCUACAUGUUAAGACUUUGAUAAAGUGUGUUGUGAGUUCCACGACUUUAACCAAAUAGUUUUUUUUUUUUUUAAAGCCACAGACCCCCUGGCUCUGCUUCAGAGAUUCAUGAGUAACCCCACUUUGAAAACCAACGAGUUAUGACACUAAUGAAACAAAAAAUUCCUUUCACAUCAUAUCUUUUAUUUAUUUUUUUUUGUAAUGAAAAGUAAAGUUUAAAGUCAGUCUAUGUGAUAUCUGCCACACCUCUAUCAUGUUUGAUGACAUUGCUUCAUUGUUAUGUCUCUCUGUGUCUCUCUCGUUCUCACUCUCUCUCUGUUCCCUCCUCUAUGGUAAGGUCAACAUGGGGACCACUCCCUUCAGGGUCGAAGCAGGAGCUGCACCUCAUUACAAGCAAUUGUUUGGCCUGUCGCCUUUCCCAUCUUCACUGGCGAGAGAGAGAGAGAGAGAGAGAGAGAGAGAGAGCGAGAGAGAGAGAGAGAGAGAGAGAGGAAACAGGAAAAAGGAACUUCUACUCCCUGUGCCUGGACAGAGCAGUCAGAGAAAGGGAGAGUUCUAGUGCUUCAGUCGUAGAGGAGGGAUGUCUGUGAUUCUUUUUGCUUCUCCCGGGGUCUCUGAGCUCUGAAACUCUGUGGAUGUGGACGCGCUACUUGUUCAUGCCCCUCAGCCGGGCAAAUAUGCCUCACCUGCCUGUCUCGCUCACUGUCUGUCUGCUGGGCUGCUUACUUACAGGCAGUGCUCUGGACAUCUCAGACGUGACGCUGAUAAACCCAGAUCCUGUAGUGUCCUCGGCAGACGCGUCGCUUCUGUGCGUGAGCAGCGACUGGACGUCCUCCGGUCCGGCCUCGCUCGCUCUGGACCACGAGUACCCCCUGGCCCAGAAAGACCCGCUCAGUUCCACAGCAGACAAGACAUAUCGCUCUGCAUCCAGAGUCUCCUGGAGGACACGCAGCGACAUAUUCGGGGCUUACUUUUGCAAGGUCAAAAACUCAAACAGUGGCAAGGUGUACACGUACAAAAUGUUAAACGAAGCGUCGUUUCUUCCUGAGGCACUCACGGUGACGGCCAGCAUCGGAGAUAACGUGACCAUCAUGUACACGCGGAAAAAAGUGGGCGUAGAGGACACGAUCAUCUACAAGGAGGUAUUACAAUCCUACAAAAAUGUGGUUAACACAGACUCGUCUUUCGCACACUCUGUGCCCAAAGAGGACAUCACGGACUCGGUUCCCUACCUCAUUAGUGACGUGAAGAGGUCACAUGCAGGACUCUACACCAUCCGCUACAUGUCAGAAAACCUGUCGACGUCCGCCAUCACUCACCUCAUCGUCAGGAGCUGCAUGAAGGGCAGGUGGGGUUCAGACUGCACUAAGCAUUGCCCAGCUUGCGCUAACGGAGGAGUGUGUGACGAUAAAACAGGAGAAUGCAUCUGUCCGCCCGGCUUCAAGGGUCCCACCUGUGAGACAGUGUGUGGUGAAGGCCGCUUUGGGAAGACAUGUAAGGAGCGCUGUAUAGACGGCAAGUGUCGCUCUCUGGUGUUCUGCCUCAGAGACCCGUACGGCUGCUCGUGCGCCUCUGGGUGGAGGGGUCUAAACUGCAGCGAGGCGUGUGCAUCCGGGUACUACGGCGCUGGCUGCAAACUGAAGUGUGUGUGUGACAAGGGCGGGAAGUGCGACCGCUUCAGAGGGUGUGUGUGUCCUGGGAGACAUGGUGCCCGAUGUGAGAAAGAAGACAAAGCUCCGGUCAUUGUAAGCAGUUUUGGAGAUACAGAGCUGAAUUCUGGAGCACCGUACACCGUGAGCUGCUCUGUCCGAGGACAACCGGCACCUUUACAUGGAGAAAUCAUCCUGCUCAAACCAGACAAGACCAUCGUAUAUGCCAUGGACACAGAGACAGCGAAUCACCAGAGUACAUCCGUGUUCAGGGUGGACAGGAUCACGGUGGCUGACGGUGGACGCUGGGUCUGUCAGGUGAAGACCACCAGCGUUCAGGUGGAGAAAGACUUCGUCGUCAGUGUUAAAGUUCCUCCACAGCCGCAGUACCCACCUUCACUGAACAGCAGUGGGCCGUACCAUCUGGUGGUGCUGGUCAAUAAGUAUCCGUACACUGGGGAUGGACCGGUCACCUCGGUCAACGUGACCUACAAGCAGGCCAAUUCGUCCACGUGGGAGACGGUGGAAGUGAUUGGCUCUCAGGUGAAGCUGGAGAAUCUCGCCCCUAUGACUCAGUACAUCGCAUUUGUGCAGUUAAGUCGACGAGGACCUGGAGGGACCGGAAAUCCAGGACCUGAGGCUAGCUUCUAUACACAGAAACUUGAUCUGCCUCUCCCUACGGGGCUGAAACUGAUCCCUCUGAAUCAGACCUCUCUGUCGCUGUCCUGGGAUUCUGCCCCUGUCAUGGAUCUGGCUAAAGACGACUGGUGUUACGAGGUGGCGUGUGAACAGGCGGAGGACGCCGGCACUGCAUGGAACUUCCAGCUGCCUCUAAACUCCACCGGCAUCCAGCUAAACCACCUGAGACCCAGACACAAGUACAAGUGCAGGGUCAGUCUGAGCAGCAGGGCAGCGGAUCACGUCUGCCCCACGGUCAGCGCCUGGACCCUCAGCGACGAACUUCCUCCUGCUCCAUCUGACAUCUCCGCCUCCAACAUCACCGACUCGUCAGCCUUCCUCAGCUGGUCCGUCGCCGAGGGCCACUCCGUCGUCAAGGUGAUCAUUCGUUACCAGGAGAAGGAGGAGGCGAUGUACAGCCAGCAGGUGGAUCUGGGGGUGCAGCCGUCCCAGAAUUCCAUGCACUUCAUGCUGAGAGGUCUGAGAGCUGACACUGAGUAUCUACUGGAGCUCUGGACUAUUAAUAACAUGGGGGAGAGCAAGAAGAAGAAUCAGGUCUCUCUGAGGACCCUAACGCCACAGGAGAGCUCACGCCUGUACAGGUUCAGAGCUGAUGGAAACAUGCUAUUUUAUGCCAUUCUGGGUUCUGCUGGAAUGACCUGUCUUACCAUCCUGCUGGCCUUCUGUAUCGUGCUCCAGCUCAAGAGAACCUCCUUUCAGAGACGCAUGAGAGAAGAACCCGUGGUCCAGUUUAGCUCCGGGUCUUUAAACACUCAGAAGAAAGUGACAAGCUCGACGCAGGCCGUGUCCUACCCGAUGCUGGAGUGGAGCGACAUCAAGUUCCAGGACGUGAUCGGAGAGGGAAACUUCGGCCAGGUGCUCAAGGCUCGCAUCAAGAAGGACGGCCUGAGGAUGGAUGCAGCCAUCAAGAGGAUGAAAGAAUACGCUUCUAAAGAUGAUCACAGAGACUUUGCGGGUGAGCUGGAGGUUCUGUGUAAACUGGGUCAUCACUCCAACAUCAUUAACCUGCUGGGAGCUUGUGAGCACCGAGGUUAUUUGUACCUGGCGAUCGAGUAUGCUCCUCAUGGCAACCUGCUGGAUUUCCUAAGGAAAAGUCGUGUCCUGGAAACAGACCCGGCGUUUGCUAUCGCUAACAGCACGGCCUCCACGCUGUCCUCCCAGCAGCUGCUACACUUCGCCGCCGACGUAGCUCGAGGCAUGGACUACCUGAGCCAGAAACAGUUCAUCCACAGAGAUUUAGCAGCCAGAAACAUCCUGGUAGGUGAAAACUAUGUGGCGAAGAUCGCCGAUUUCGGGCUCUCGCGAGGACAAGAAGUGUACGUGAAGAAGACCAUGGGCCGAUUACCUGUGCGAUGGAUGGCCAUAGAAUCUCUCAACUACAGUGUGUAUACAACCAACAGUGACGUGUGGUCAUAUGGAGUGCUUCUCUGGGAGGUGGUGAGUUUAGGUGGGACGCCGUACUGUGGCAUGACCUGUGCCGAGCUUUAUGAGAAACUGCCUCAGGGUUAUCGCCUGGAGAAACCACUCAACUGUGAUGACGAAGUCUUUGAGCUGAUGAGGCAGUGUUGGAGAGAGAAGCCUUACGAGAGACCGUCGUUCGCACAGAUCCUGGUGUCACUCAACCGCAUGCUGGAGGAGAGAAAGGUGAAGAAGAAGAAGAAGAAGAAGAAAAAAAAGAAGCAUACAAUCCAACAAAAUGAUGCUCUCCAACUCCUUUUGGCCUUUUUUCCCGCCAUUGCACAGAAUACAAAAACAUGUAAUACCACAAAGCUGGACCUGAUUAUUUUCCUAUAACAGCAUGCUCUGAAGAGUUUUAUUCCACUUAUACUACAGAGAUUCUCCACAAAAUCACCACAGUCGUUUCAUUCUUUAUUAAUUAAAGAAUGACACACGAUAUGACGCUUUUUUUUUUUAUUCGUUUAUAGUAGCGUAUUAAUGUUGCGGAAUAUCCGGAAGACAACUUACAUCCUGGUAUCACUUAUGUUAUAAUAGCUAUAGAUAGUCAUUUCCUCACUAGACUUUUUUUUUUCUUCCUCUUGCUUGAAACGAACGACGACAAAAAGACGCAGCUCGUUACGGAGAAGCGCUAACACUGGAGACUCCUUCCAUAAAUGUUCAAAAGUUUUUACGGUGUCAACAGUUAUAUGUUUUUGUUUGAUGUUCCUGGCUGGAUUUAAAAAAAAACAAAAAAUUAAAAUACAUAAUCAAAUAAAAUCAAUACAUUUUCCCUUAAAGCUUACAUGGAGCGUCUGCUGGGAUCGAGUUGUUACUCUAGAAACGAUAAUGUAAUUGAAAAGAACAAUAAAACUUGUCAGAGCUGCUGUUAUAGAAAAUAAAUCAAGCGCCUGUUCCGGUUCUAGCCGUCUCCCAAGUUGGCGGGAAACCGGAAAGUGCUUCUAAAGGUACGUUCACACACACGGCGAUUUUAAGUCGCCGUACUACGAAGUCGCCAGUAGGCGUUCCUACUACUGGUUGCCAUAGCAACAAUUAUCCAUUUGUGGCGCGACUAGCAUUCCACUUUUGACAACAAACCGGUUUUCUUGCCGCUAAAAUGAAACAUUCUAGAGGGAGAGCGUUUGUAUAUAAAAUUCUCCAGUGUAUACAGUAUAUACGCAUCAUAUCCUACGAGGUGUAGGAGAAGCAGUGUGUGUGAGCUCUUUGUCGUGGUGGCCAUCUAUCAGUGGCGAAAACGCAAGAGCCGGACAGUCUGGGUCUACGCAACAAUUCGGACUCACACCGGCAGCGUGGCGGAUCACGCAUCACGUGCGCUCGACUGUCUUCACUCCCGUUGCUAGUCGCUGCACCAAGUUGCUCAAAAAUUUGCCUAAAGUGAAACCUUUGUCGCGUCACUAGACACGCCCACAUCUAAUCACCAACGUCGCCAGCUCUCGUUGAAAACGAACGG